GACUUUAGCCUAGUGGUUCUAAGAGAAAUUACCAGUGCUAGAGGUGAUAGGUUCAAUUACCCUUAACUGCAUUUAUUUAUUUUGGCCCUAAAUAUAAAAUGGGAUACAUGUCACUCCUAAAACGUACGAAUUGAUGAUGUGACUUCACGGGAGAGAGACGAACAUUUGUUUUUAUAUAUAGAUAUUAUCUUACCACGUUUCACUCUUUAUAGACACGAAAACAAUAAAGAAUGUCAAAAAGAGAGGCCCGUAAUUAAGUCACGAAAAGUAGAACUAGGCCCAAGUAUAGUAAUAGCCUUUGUUGUUCACACUAGGAGAGCAAAAUGUGUAGACAAAGAUGUAUUCUUCUUCUUCUUCGUUUGCACUUAUCAUAUGCGACUCUGUCUUUGCUCUUCACUUCAGUUUCUAAUUUCUCUUUUGCAGGAUUAAGUAAAAGACGAAACUUCAACACCUUCUUUUGGUAAAACUUUAGCUUUGAGUUAUUGUAGGGUUUUCUAAGAAACGGUGAAUGAUGUACUUGUUUAAUGCUUGAAAUGAACGAUCACUAUAUUUCAACACCUUGUGCAUCAUAGUUUUUUUACCAUAAAAGCAUAUCAGUGUUGAAUCCUAAAUCCGGUAAUGGGGUUUAGAAGACGAUUAUCAGAAGUUAAAUGUGAUUAGAAAGAAGCCAAAUGUUUCGUUUAUUGAAGUGUAAGCAAAAGACCGAAAAGAGAUAAGAACUAAACUCAAAGCUAUUUCUCUCUCUAAUCUCUCUCUAAAUUCCGCUUUGUGUGCUCCCUCCCUUCCUUAGUCAUGAGCCUUCCUCUUUAUACACAUUGCGUGGGAAAUAGUUGUUGGUUCGUCAUCAUUAUUUUCUGACUCGCCACAGUGCUCGGCGGCGUUGUUAAUGUUUAGGUUCGGCGCCGUAAUAGGUGUUUUCUCCUAUCCUUGCUUCCCGGGUUCGAUGGCGUGUCAGGUCGCUCUGACGGGCAGGUGAGCUGGUUUGUCUCGAGGCAGAUUGGCACGUGAUGGCCACGCUUUCUUCUUGGGCUUUGCUCCCAUGCUUGGGCCUUUACUUCCAAAACCGGGCCGAGUAAACUCCUGGGCCAUGACGCCAGACGGGCCCAUAUCCAACAAUCAGGAUUCAGGGCCGCACAACCACCAUUGAGUCACAUGCUGAUGCUGCUGUCGUUGGACAUUUUGUUUCCAUGAGUUAUCGGUGGCUUUACACUUUAUCAUCUUCAUCUUUUAGCUAGGUUCCAUGAUUUUUUUUUUCAUUUAUGUGAAUAAUCUUUCUCGUGUUGCCAGCAAACAAAAAAGAUUUCAUAAACACCUUCCCACCGAUACUUUAUAAAAUGUACUCACAACUUCGAAGCUAUUUUUUACAUUUAUAAUUUACAAAUCAAUGUCUGCUGAUAUAAAUACCAUACCAAAUUGUUUGCUUCAGACUCAAGUCACCCAAGAGUCACAAUGAAUAACAAUAAGACAGCAAUCCCAUUCUUAUUCAUCUCUUUGUUCCUUCUAGUCUCGGCUGCUGCGGUAACAACCGGGGCAGAAGUAAAACACGUCAAAGACACAAACGGAAACCCAAUUCAGAGACAGACCCAAUACUUCAUCCAACCAGCUUCAGGCAAGAAAGAAGGCGGUCUUGUCCCAACAAGCAUUGACUUAGCCCAUUCGUGUCAACUAGGUGUUGUCCAAACAGUCCUUCCAUUUCAACCAGGCAUACCUAUUACUUUCUCUACUCCAUUCUUCGACAUAGGCAAUGAUAUAUGGAUAAACACGAACCUAACAAUCGCUUUUGAGUCACUGAUCUGGCCAUGCCCUUCCUCAAAGAUAUGGAAAGUUGAAUCCUCGUCGUCGUGUACCAACAAGCGUUAUGUAACGACUGGUGGUAGCUCUAGCAGGAAAGAUAGCUUUUUUAGGAUUCAGAAAUAUGGAAACGAACAAAAUACUUACAAGCUCGUUCAUUACCAGAGUUACUCGGCUAUAAACGGUAUUAAGAGUGUUGGUACCACCACCAGCUUUUACGGUGACCCCAUACUUGUUCUUAACGAUGAUGAUGACGAUAACAAUGCCUUUCCAGUUAAGUUCCGUAAGGUUGAGACAUCCACGGAUAAUUUAUUUCAGAAUUUUAGUCUAAGAAUGCUUCUGAGACUGGUGUUUAAUAAGUUGUAUUAUGGAAAAUAAUGGGUGGAAACAGCAUAUCAACCAACUAAAUGUAAUGAAAAGUUAUAUAUGUAUUUGUCAUUUAUGAAGUGUC